AUGUUAAAAGGCAGGGAAGAGAAAUUUGCGUGUGAUGCCACGAAGGGGAGACGUCAAGUGACUGGUUUACCUGCAAACAGUAAAAUAGAAGCGUCCCUCCUGACUUGCUGCAAACACAAUCUUUGCAGCUUGCAAUCCAAUCGAGUAGCCUUUACUAAACCCUCGCAUCCACGUAGUCUAGUCCUCUCCAGUAUCACUAGCAACAGCAUUCGCGCAUAUUGGAUGGCUCCUGAGCCCAACACAGAACCCAUCUCCAAGUACCGUGUCACCGUCACGUCUUACGGCGUCCGCGAAAAAUCUAAAACCUCCUUAACUUCGAGCAAUCAGUACACCAUCAGUGAACUACGACCGACCACGUUGUACAGAGUCAGCGUCACCGCUUGUGCUCGUAAUGACGAUUGUGGAUUGCCUGCUGAAGCCACUACUUGGACGCUUCCUCAAGAUCCAUUACCCUUCACCAUCGCUGAUCGUACUGCAACUUCCUUAGAUUUUCAUUUCACGCCUUAUGGAGGAGAUCGUGAACACUUCAAUUAUACACUAAUGUUAAAAGGCAGGGAAGAGAAAUUUGCGUGUGAUGCCACGAAGGCAAGAUGCCAAGUGAAUGGGUUGCCGGCAAACAGUAAAAUAGAAGCGUCCCUCGUGACUUGCUGCAAGCAUCGCCUUUGCAGUUUGCAGUCAGAUCUAGUGGCCUUCACUAAACCCUUGCAUUUGCAGAUGGGUAGUCCCACAGACACCACGAUCUACGCAUCAUGGAAUAGCCCCCAACCUACCACAGAGCCAAUUACAGGCUAUCGAGCAGUGGCUGUGGACACUCUGGGAGGAGAGACUAGCUGCACACCCUCCAGGGUCAGUAAGGCACGUCUGCACUGUACAUUUAGGCAUCUCUCGCCCUGUAUGCCCUAUCAUAUCUCAGUACAGACUUGCGCUCGUGAUGAUGACUGUAGUUUGAAGACAACAGGGAAGGAGAAUACUCUGCCUGGAACUGUCUCCGGUUUCCAAAUGCAGCAGAGGACAUCAACCAACAUGAGUUUCACCUGGACACCGCAAUCCAUGGAGGCUUGUGCAUUGGAUAAUAUAACAGUUACGGUUCAAGGGCAGAAAACCAACUCUAUAGUCAGCCAUUGCUCGGUUAAGCAACUGGAGGCAGCAAACAAUUGCACAGUCACAGGACUGGUGCCCAACACUGCCUACAUCGCCUAUGCUGUCGCCUGCUCCGCCACCACCCACAACUGCGCCUAUAAAACUAUCGACAUUGAGGUCGAAACACUUCCGGGUGUGCCUUUGCAGAUCAACAUAAGCGAAGUUGCAGCUCGUAGUGUGGUCUUGAAAUGGAGUCAACCCAGCGGACGACAAGAUGGGCUGAGUGGUUUCCUGGUUCGAGUAUAUGAGAGGUCGCAGGAUGGACGAAGGUCUCACGGCCACUCCGUUUCCAACUGCACCACCACUGUGGUCGACGUAGUUGAUGAUGUAAACAUCUGUCGUGUGGACGACCUUCAACCCUCCACGAAUUACAGCAUCACUGCGACAACCUUCAAGAGACAUCCGAGAGAUGGGAUCAUCUAUGGAGAUGAGUCAGAGGCAAUUGAUUUUACCACGUGCCAUCCGCUUCCUAUAAUGGCAGUGACAGUCAGUCUCCUGUUUGUAAUUGUGAUUGGCCUUCUUUUUGCUGCAUUUCUGUUUCGACAUCAACUUCGAAAACUAGCCAGUCGGCUGAAAGAGAAGGAUAAUACAACUGACAUGUCGCAGCCCCCGGCACCAGUGGCGUCCCAGCAACUUGACGCUUGCAUUGAGUCCCUCGAUUCGAACAAACAAUUUAUUCCGCACUUUAUGUUGCUGAAGAAGAUUGCAGUGACGGGGGUUGAGAAUGAGUUUCACCUGACGAAAAAUGCGGGACUGCAACGGAGGGAACUCAAUCGCUACAUUGAUAUGCUUCCAUAUGAUCAAUCAAUUGUUAUCUUGGGAAGGCGGUGGCCAAGAAUUUUGGACGAUCCCGAGCCCAAAAUCACCGCAACGGAACUGCUGAAUAAUUACAUUAACGCCUCCUACAUACGCCGACCGAUUUUUGGGAUGAAAGGAGAGGCCAUGCCGUGUGAUCCGUCAGACCCACCCAACUAUAUCGCCACGCAGGGUCCGAUGUCGACGACUGGUGCUGACUUUCUCACAAUGGUCUAUGAACAGCGCUCAAAAUUAAUCCUAAUGCUCUGCCGAUGCGAAGAAGAUGGGAAGCAGAAGUGCAAGGAGUACUGGGACGAUGAGUGUGAACUCAUGGUGACCUCAGCCACUCGAAGCGUCAAGGUCACUACUUCAAACGUGCACACUCUCAAUUUCGGUCUUGUUCGUCGCACACUUUGCAUCAUGCCUACAAAUAAAACUGAGCCCUGGUAUGUCACGCAGUUCCAUUUCACCCAAUGGCCGGAUUGUAAAGCAGCGGACAUGACUGCUUUCUACAAUUUAAUUAAUCUUCACAUGAAAUUUAUUCGAGAGAAUCCGGUGAACAGGAGUUGUGGUCCGCCGGUUGUUCAUUGCAGUGCUGGGGUGGGGAGAACCGGGACCCUCAUUGCUGCAAGUUAUUUACUGGAGAGGCUGCGGGCACAUCCCGAAAAGAUGGACAUUUUCGGGACUACCCUGGCCAUUCGACGAUGGAGGCCCAAUAUGGUGCAAACCUGGUUUGAAAACAUCACCUUUGUUGAUUGUUUCAAUGGUUACGCCUGGAUACAGGGUGUUCUUCAUAUCACGCACGCCCACACGUUCUUCGUUGAUAAUUCAAAAAAGCAUGAGCUUCGGAUACAGACCUGCCUGAUAGACAGCGUGGAACGAUUGCCACUGGCAGCUACCGGAGCCCCUCUGAUUAUUCGAGGCAAGAAUUUUCGUGUGGCUUGCUUCCUCCUUCCUCACGAUCGAGAUUGUCAAAAGGUCUAUGAAACUCUUACCAACCUAACACAAGUCCCAAGCAUAAAGCAUCUACCGUGUUUCCGAGAGUGGCCAUCGGGACUCUCCCUCAUGCGCGGCGAGGGCUGGAACUUCUUCGAUCUGCGCACAGAUUUCGCUCGAAUGGGUCUCCCCAAUGCUUCUUGGAUUGUCGUUGAUAAUAAUCAUUAUCAGAUCUGCGACACCUAUCCCAGCAUCCUUUUUGUGCCCAAGCAGGCGAACUACGCCACACUGUUGGGGAGUGCAAAUUUCAGGUCUCGCAAACGCCUCCCUGUUCUCACUUGGAUCCAUCCCAAUGGCAGGUCAGUGCUAUGCAGAUCGAGCCAGCCACUAUCGGGUCUUGCCAGCAAAAGCACGGGCGACCAAUUGCUACUACGGGACAUCCGUCUGGCUGCCGCCUGCGCCACCACCGCCAGCGGCGUGGGCUCCAUGGAGACACCUCCUUUACUCUACGUGGUUGACACACGCCCUCUCCUGAACGCCCUAACCAAUCGCGCUCAGGGCAAAGGCUACGAGGUUGCAAGUAUCUAUCGCGAUAUCAUCUUUCGCUUCGUCGAAAUCCCAAACAUUCAUGCUGUUCGCGGAUCGAUGGAGAAGAUGCUGAAGGCCUACCAGAAUCCCAGAGUGACACUAAAAGACCUCAACGCCACUGUGGACAAGUCCUCCUGGCUUCGCAACCUGCGUCGCAUCGUCGACGCCGCAUUUUUCGUUGCCUCCCGAAUGCAACCGGAAGCCGGUGGUUACUCAUUUCUUGUACACUGCUCCGACGGGUGGGACCGAACCUCGCAGGUCUGUGCGCUCGCCCAGCUCCUCAUCGAUCCCUUCUACCGCACUUUGGAGGGUUUCCAGGCCCUGGUGGAAAAGGAUUGGUUGUGUUUCGGCCACAAGUUCGGCGAUCGCUGCGGCCAGACACAAGAGGUGGAUGCGCGCGAAGUUUCACCAAUAUUCACACAAUUCCUUGACUGCACUCGCCAUCUGGUUGACCUCCUUCCGACAGCUUUUGAGUUCAAUACCCGGUUUCUAAUGGCCCUACAUGACCACUCGAGAUCCGGACGGUUUGGGACUUUUGUGGGAUGUUCAGAGAAACAACGGCGUGAGCUUGGGCUGGCUGCCAAGACUUGCAGCUCAUGGGUAUACUUCGCAGCAAAGCGGUACGUCUUCACCAAUCCGCUUUACACACCGACCCCAAAGUAUGUGAAGGCCAAGAAGAUCGCCGGUCAACCUCACGUCACCGCCCUCCUGCCGGCUUUUGUCGCCUCGCCCCACCUCUUUGGAAUGUGGAGCGACCUUUACCUUCGACACGAAUGGCGCAUCCCUAGCCUGUCUCAACGCAUGAUCGAGGCGAUGAACAACUUAAAGACCCAGACCUUGGCCCUCAGUGCCCACUCCGACCGUCUGCGGCAGUGCGUCCGCGAGUUAUCCAAACUGUUGGGUAAAUCGGACGAUGAGAUCCGUAACUUACUGAAUCUCACUGAGAAAGCUGAGAAUAACCUCUGUCUUUCGAACGCUAAGGGAUCUGAGAAGAGGCAUAAUGAUGUCAACAAUGAAUCGAACCAGAACUCCCUUGAUAAUCUAAAGAGAAAUCGAUUGACACGAGAGGCAAUCACCCGAGAUUUGGGGCGGGUGAACACUCGACUUGUGAACAGUCUCAUUCCCCCCACUGCUGCCUGCUGUCCCGUUUGCUCCGUUCUCCUCAUUUCCCGAACACCCUGUGUUAUAUGUACCGUCUGCGGGAAUCUGGUGUGUUCCAUUUGUCACAUCUUUUUGAAUAUCAUCCCAGGUGUUGAGACAAAAUUGCCACUUUGCAGGACCUGUCACCGUAAAACUGUUCUCAAGGAAGACGCUGCGCAUAAUGAACACACGACCGAUCACCUACAAAUCGCUCAGACUGAUUUCGACCACUCAGUCAUUUCCCAGACGGCGGCGUUCGUCACUUCCAUGGUGCGCUGCCUAUUCAAUGAAUCAGUUGAUAAAUGA